AUUCAAGGGGAUAUUACAAACACGAAAACAGCAGAGCAGAUUAUUGCUCAUUUUGAUAAUGAGCAUGCUGAUUUGGUAGUUUGCGAUGGAGCACCUGAUGUUACAGCGUGUUGACUACAAUGAGAUAGUAAACACCGAAACGUCCCAGUCGCAACGACCUUGCCCAAGCAUGAGGCCACCCGAGCCAAGUCGGGUUUGUUGCGUCUGCAAAAAAUUGUUCUGCUGCACGGAGUGUCGUGAUCGACACGAGAAAAACAAACACGCGAAUCGGCAAUUGAACUGUCCACUCUGCACGUCUCAGAAACUUCCGUUGAAACCCAUCGAAGACACAUCGUUAUUUUGUCACAUAGUGAUCAGUCAUCUGCCUCUGCAUUGUUCUUUGUGCGGUGAAAUUUUCAAACAGAGCAAGGAUUUAGAAUCGUUCGGCACGUGCAAGUGGUGGAAGGCCCGGCAGCGUUAUUCACAGGUCGUCGCGCAGAAAUCACUGGGAACACCGCCAUUGCUAUCAGAAAUAAAAGAAUCCGAAUGCAAUGCAAACCUUUGCUCACUGACUUCUCCUCCAGAACUCUACAGAAACACUAGUACACCAAUGGGUGUGUCCCAGAAGACUAGCUUCGACUUCGUAACACCGAACGUUCCGAAUUUCUCUCUGCAAACACCGCAAACCAACUCCGGGUCUUUGAACAAGGAUCCACCUAACAGCGGAUUCCAAAACAGCGUCUCAAAGAGCGAGAAUUCGACGAGCAACUACGUGAGCUUCCCUUCGACGACCAGCCACGAAGAAACACCGUUUCGCUCUGCUUUAUCGAAUCGCGGGAACAAAAGCGAAUUACCGCGGAACAACUCGAGAAAUCUGAACAUCAUGAACGGCCAGAACACUGAUACAAACGAACAUUGCGAUGAUAAUCACUUUGUGGAGGAUAUGGAGUUGACUGGAGUGGAAAAUAGAAUACUGCCAGACUCUCAAGGGUUGGAAAAUCAAAAGAGACGUUCGGACUCUAUGAAGAGAGUUCGAUUUUCGGAUCAGUACGAGAAUCCUCCAACGUCCACCACGAUGAGUACCACGAACAUGACGACGAACGACGAGUACUAUGAGGCCUGCGACACCUUGUCCGAAACGAAGGAGUGUCUGGAGAACUCGCAGAUGAUAAUUAACAAGGAAAAUAUCGAGAAUGCUGAGAAGGAAAAUCUUAAUCCUGAUAAUAUUAACGUGAAUAUUGGCCAAACGGUGUCUGGUUCCUCCAGAGUGGUGAUGAUGGUGGUCGUGGAGAACAAUUCCACCCUCUCCACUUCGGAUGUAAUAGAGUCUGGUUUGAAGAAACUGGGACACAUUGCAUCUAGCGUGAAACUUUCAAGCGACAAUCACAAUUCUGCCGGUUGUAGCACUUCUAUAACGUCAGUGGACAGCUAUUACAGCGUGACUAGUCAUAAGUAUCGUUCAUCGCCAACUGAAUCAAAUAGUUCUAGUGGCGACUCGAACUCUUCUACGAUUAGCAACGAUAGCAACAGCUCCGGCGGGAUUCUGUCUGUGUUCGCCAACGCUGUGAGAAAUGUCAUGAAAAGCUUUCCUGGUGUAGGAACCGCCAGGGCUGUGGAAAGGUCACAGAUUUCUGAAGAUAUAUCAGGACCGUCUACCUCGACAUUGGCUUCCGGGUUAAGUUUGCCGUCACUUUUACAGAGAGCCGGAAAGCGUCCAAGAGACGCGAUCGAACACCCACCCUCCUCACCGAGACAACUCGAGUUCAGAAGCCCUCUCCCAAAACGACCACGCGGGUGGUACAGAAUUAAGGCUCGAGAACCCAUUGCACGAAUGCGAAAUAAUCGACUGACAUCUCCGAGAGGAGUUUCUUCGGAAACUCAAGUUUUUCAUCAGGGAUCAUUGUCCGUUGGCGACACGGUUCUUCCCCUUCCAUCUAGGGCACAUCAAUCCACUCAAACUGAUUAAUGACUUUUUUUACUAGGAUUUUGACAAUUGAUUUUAGAUCUUUUUUUAUACAGCAUUAUUGAACUUAGUUGUACAUAAGCUCGUGGAAGCUAUAUGAUUUUUAUAUCAGUCAGAAUGUUUUUAGUAUUAUAUUUUAACUGUUAUUGUAUAUUGUUGUUUUUUUGAUACA